AUGAAAGUCAUAACCAACUUCAGCUACCCUAGAAACAACAGCAACUGCACCAGCGAUAACAGAAUCAGUCAAGUCAUUUUUCCUUUGCUUUAUACAGUUCUGUUCCUGGUGGGUAUCACAAUGAAUGGCCUGGCAAUGUGGGUCUUUUUUAAAAUAUCCAGUAAAUCCAAUUUCAUCAUCUUCCUCAAGAACACUGUCAUUUCUGACUUCCUUAUGAUCUUGACUUUUCCAUUUAAAAUCCUUAGCGAUGCAAAACUGGUAUCAUGGGUACUGAGAGGAUUUGUGUGCCAGGUCACCCAGGUUGUAUUUUACUUUACCAUGUACAUUAGCAUUUCAUUUCUUGGUCUGAUAACUAUUGAUCGCUACCAGAAAGCUGCUUCACCAUUCAGAACAUCAACACCAAGGAGCCUCUUAGGGACAAAGAUCCUUUCCACAGCAAUAUGGAUAUCAAUGUUUGCUCUUUCAUUACCCAACAUGAUUCUAACAAACAAGAAGCAAACACCUAAGAACGUAAAAAAGUGUGCUCUCUUGAAAUCAGAGUUUGGCUUAGUCUGGCAUGAAAUCGUAAACUACAUCUGUCAACUUAUCUUCUGGAUUAAUUUAGCAGUUAUAGUUGUAUGCUACAUACUCAUAAGUAAAGAACUCUACAAAUCCUACAAAAGGACAAGAUCCACAGGAAAGGCAUCCAAAAAGACUGUAAAUCUGAAAGUUUUCAUCAUUAUCACAGUGUUUUUUAUUUGCUUUGUGCCAUUUCACUUUACUAGAAUCCCCUACACACUGAGCCAAACAAGAGAUGUUUUUGAAUGCUCUGCUCAGAACACCUUGUUUUACUUGAAAGAGAGCACACUGUGGCUGACAUCACUAAAUGCUUGCCUAGACCCAUUCAUAUACUUUUUCCUUUGCAAAUCAUUUAGAAAGUCUUUGCUUGACAUGCUGUGCAAGCACACAGCAUUGUCAGAACUCAGAGCACAGAUGAAGGAGCAGAACGAAGGAGAUGACACAGAUGAAACACCACUCUAG